AUGGGGAAUGCAGAACAUGCCUGCUUGACCCCUGAUAGGAAAGUAGACGGAGGCCGGCAGCACGCCCACCUGUCCGCCCACGGGCCGCGGCGGCUCCGCGUGGCUCCCCACGGUUCCCGGGAGGACCUGGUGACGCGCAGCCUGAAGGGCCGGGCGGAGCCGAUUGCUUCUGCAGGAAGCAUUUGUGGUGGUUUGGUCUGCAAGACAUUUCUAAAAGGAAUGCAAUCUAUACUGCCUGGUUUCUCUGCAAAACUGAAUUGGACUUCGGAAGAAGCCAGCUAUUCUCAGGACACAUCAAGGGUAACACCUUUCCAGAUGACUUUUGAGGUUGAUGAAAAGCCAAGAAAUUUGAUGACAGAUAGUCUGGUUAUAAAGAAUUUUUUACGCAAAAUUAUCAUGGUGCACCCUAAGAUUAGAUUUAAUUUCAGUGUAAAGAUGAAUGGAAUCCUCUCUACGGAAAUCUUUGGGUCAGAGAAUGAACCUACUUUGAACCUGUCGAAUGGAAUUGCUCUUGUCGUAAACUGUCAGCAUUAUAUGAGUAGGCCAAAAUUAGGUACAACUCAGUUACUCUGCAGCAGAAUCCAUCCUGUUCUAGGACAUUCAGUAAUGCUUUUCAUCCCCGGUGAUGUGGCUGGCACGGACUUGUUGGGAGAGCUGACACUGACUCCGGCUGCUGCUGUGUGUCCCUGCCCAAAGAUCUUUUUCAACCAGCCAAAUAGAAUUUCUUCAGUUUCCAUAUUUCUAUAUGGACCUUCAGGUCUGCCUCUGAUAUUGCCAAGCCAGGAACAGUCAGUUACUACUAUCUUCAAUGAUAUCUCUUAUUUAAUUGACUGGAAGAAAUACCAUUUGUGUUUGGUGCCCAAUUUGGAUCUCAGUUUGGAUAGAGAUAUGGUGCUUCCAGAUGUGAGUUAUCAGGUGGAAUCCAGUGAGGGGGAUCAGUCUCAAAAUAUGGACCCUCAGCGACAAACUCUGCUGCUUAUUCUCUUUGUGGAUUUCCACAGCAAAUUUCCAGUCCAGCAAGUGGAACUCUGGGGAGUCCACACUUGGCUCACAGCUCACCUCAGGGCCACCCUCAGGGAGAGCCGCGGCGUGGUGCAAGAGUCCCUCCAGCUUACCGUGGACCAGGCCCUGGAGCAGCUUCACCAAGCUGCCAAGGCUCAUCAGAAGCUGCAGACCUCACUCUCAGUGGCUGUGAAUUCCAUCAUGAGUAUCGUGACGGGCAGCACAAGCCGCAGCUUCCGAAAGACCUGCCUUCAGGCCCUUCAAGCAGCUGACACACAGGAACUUGGGACCAAACUGCACAAAUCAUUUUAUGAGAUCACCCAACACCGAGUUCUUCACCACUGCUUAUGUGAGGUUAAGCAACUGCUUCCAGAGAAAAAUGACACAGAGGACAGAACAGAAGAUGUGCAUGAGGACAGCAGCCUGGAGCUCCUUGUAGGGACCAGCGGGAAACUAGAAAACAAGAGGCUCAAGAAGGGCAGCCUCCAUCAGGUCGUGGAGGGAACGGAGGCUUCCCACUCUGCCAGGGCUCCGAGUCCGUCUAAGGCUGCCCUACGCCGCGCCGAGUCCCCCGCGCAGCCCCCCGCGGCCUCUGCAACCCCGAGCGGAAGCAUGGCGGGCCCAGCGGGCGGGCCGGAGGACUCGCUGUGGCUGCAGGAGGUCUCCAACCUUUCGGAAUGGCUGAGUCCCGGCCCCUGA